AUGAAUUUAUAUCAAUAUGGUGGUGCGCCUUUGAUGAUUGUUGGUAUUGCAGGUUGCAUACUCAGUUUACUUAUUUUUUCGACGAAGAAUCUUCGAAAAAAUCCAUGUUCAAUCUAUUUCAUUGCGUAUAACACUGCGAAUCUUUGUCAAAUAUGUACAACUUUUUUACAAGCAAUAUUAGCAUAUGGUUAUAAUAUCGAUAUUUCAAUAGCCAGUAUCUAUUUCUGUCCUUUUAUUUGUUACAUUGGAUAUGUUUUCGAUAUACUCAGUCCAUUUUAUCUUAUUUUGGCUUCAAUUGAUCGAAUGUUAGUCACUUCACGAAAUGCACGCACACGUCAACGUAGUAAUAAUCAUUUGGCUUACAAAUCUGUUAUCUGUGGUACUAUAUGUUGGAUGUUAUUUCACAUUCAUAUAUUCUUUUUCUUCAGAAUUAUCGAAAUUAUACCAAACUAUUAUAUUUGUUAUUCUGGUUCUAUUACAUAUUUAACAUUUGCAAAUUAUUAUGGAUUAACAAAAACCAUCAUAAUACCGAUAUUGAUGCUUAUUUGCGAAGUAUAUACAAUUAAGAAUAUUCAAUCUGCACAUCGUACACGAGUUAUUCCUCUAUCAACAAUCGGUAGUAAUGUCUUGAAUAAUAAUGCACGUUUUAAAGAUCAUCAACUCAUUAAAAUUUUAUUUAUCAAUGUUACUGUUUAUAUUAUUUUCAAUCUAUUUCCCGUGAUUGUGGCUAUCUAUAAUCAAAUAAAUUAUUAUCAAAUGAAUGUUUUUUUAACGAGUCUCAGUCAUUUUAUUUAUUAUAUUCCUAUUUCUAUUGGUUGUUAUACUAAUUUAAUUAUAUCGAAAACAUUUAGAAAUAAGACUAAAACUUUACUUUUAUGCAAAUAG